AUGGCGCUGGUUCAGGCUCUGCCGAUCACCGCUGAGCCUCAAGACCCGGGCCACAACGCACGCUCCCGCAGACGAUAUCGCUCGGGUCCCUCGCCACCCUUCAACGUGGCUGCUGCUGCUGCUCCAGACCUUACAGUGCGCCCCUACCGGGACCGCCGAGUCAGACGGGGAACCUCCUUACCGGGCUCAGAGUCUCCUCAGGAGCGCUUCCUACAAAACGGCAGUCCUCCGGCCCUGAGGACAGGCAGGGGGCGAGAGAAGUGGGACUAUGCGGAAGACUGGAAAGACUACCCAAUGGGAUCCGAAAGCCCCACAAGCUACCAGGACAAGAUUAGAAAAGGCUUGAAUGGGAAUAUGGGGGAACCACCGCCAAAACUCAUACCGGUGUCGGGAAAACUAGAGAAGAACAUGGAGAAAAGCGUAUUGCGGCCCACCGCAUUUAAGCCAGUGGUCCCCAAGACCCGUGGCGCCAUGCAGUAUUUGUCUCCCCGACACGGCGCCAAUGCACCAGAGAGCCAAAACGUCCAGCCGGGCAGCACUCACCGAGAGCUGUCGCCCUCCGGCUCAGAGAGGCGCAGCUCGUACAGCGCGGGACGUAGUGGCGGCGGGAGUGGCGGCCACUCCUGUUCACUCUCCGACUCGGGACGGAACUCACUUUCCAGUCUGGCCGCAGGAGAUGGGUUAGGGGGAAACCCAGAGAUGAGAAGAGCCCAUUCCGCGGGCGUCCACGUGCACUCCAACUCGGACAGCGGACGUUCGUCCUCCAGUAAGAGCACCGGGUCCGGUUCCGUCAGCGGGCGGAUUCAGCUGCCGUCAGACUGCGGGUCGGGAGGGCGCUCGCCAGGGGCGACGGAUGGCUAUGAGGGUGUGGUCAGAGACCUAGAGGACAAGCUUAGGGAUAGAGAGGCGGAGCUCCAGCUACUCAGAGACAACCUGGAUGACAACGAGGCUGCCAUCUGCCAGGUUUAUGAGGAGAAGCAGAAGCGUUUUGAGCUGGAGCUGGAGGAGCUGCGGCAGAGCUGCGCCACCAGGAUGCAGGUGGCCUCCCAGAAAGCUCAGCGAUCCCAGCAAGUGCUUCAGAUGCAGGUCCAUCAGCUGCAACAGGAGAAGAAGAAAUUGCAAGAGGACUUUGCGCAGCUCUUGAAGGAGCGAGAACAGCUGGAAGAGCGCUGCACCUCCUACGAACAUGACAAGAUCAAACUUGGCCCCCGACUGGAAGAGACAAAAUGGGAGGUGUGCCAGAAGUCGGGCGAGAUCUCGCUCCUGAAGCAGCAGCUAAAGGAGGCUCAAGUUGAGCUGGCCCAGCGAGCGGGUGAGGCCGCAUCGCUACGUGGGCAACUGCGUGAUGCCCGCGGCGAGCUAAGCAGCGCCCAGGCGCUCCUGCAGGAGUCCGGCGCCGCCUCCCGGUCGCGCGCCGCCGAGUUGGAGGUGUGCGAGAAUGAACUGCAGCGACGCAAGAGCGAGGCCGAGCUGCUGCGGGAGAAGGCGGCGCGCCUGGAGGGCGAGCUCGCGCGGCUGCGGCAGUCCGAGGGAGAUCGAGACGCCCUACGGGAAGUGGCCGAGCGCACUCGGGGCGAGCUGGCUCUGGAACGGCAGCGAGCCGAACGGCAGUCGGACCAUUUUGAGGAAGAGCGGAGGACGUGGCAGGAGGAGAAGGAAAAGGUGCUUCGCUACCAACAGCAGCUGCAGGAGAACUACUUGAGCAUGUACAAACGCAACCGGCAACUGGAGGUUGUCUUGAGGGACCUCAGCCAGGAACUGGAGAGCCGCGACCGUGAUGACGAUGACGGCAGUGGCAACGAGAUCGUCUUUGAUGAAGUCGCCGCCACAGAAAUUUGA